GUUUCAUGCGCCUCCUCGAACAAGUGAAACUCUCGAAGUCUCCGCCAUGCACCCUGCCGCCCUCCAUACGCCUCUUCGCCGUCUCCUUAGCUCAAGGCGACUCGCCCCAACCAACGCGCGCGCUAGCUCGUCGCAGGCCGGCACCUCCGUUCCCCGGGAGAAAAUGCGCGCGCUCGUAUCUCUCUACCAUGAAUCGAGCAAAUUCAUAACCCCAGAGAAGCUCUCCGAGGUGAUCGACUACGAGUUCGCUACCGCACCGCUGACGCGGAACCUCAUCAAGAGCGACGAGGACAGCUACUGGACGCUGGAUGACCGGGUGAACGCGCGACGGCAGCGGUCGAAGAUUGGGGAUACGAGCACGGUGCUUGCGGAAGCGGACGAGGGGGAGCAGUGGAGCUCGACGAGGACGGCCCGGGAACAUAUGGUUAGGAGGGCGCUGUAUGGGACGGAGCAGGGGCAGGACCCUGGGCUGGAGGUUUUGGAGGAAGAAGGCGAUAGGAUACGGGAGAUGCUGAAGAAGGAUAAAGAGUCUAAGGCGUAGAGAUUUUAUGC